UUCAAUCUAAAAGAAUUGGAUGUGUAAUGUCAUGCAAAAACGAUGAUAGAUAUACACUGCGAGAUUUAAAUACAGAAGAAACACAACUAACCACACCUGCUGCUAUUUACUUCACUCUCUCUGUGCUCUCCCUCUCUCUUUUUUUUUUAUAACCACAGCUGUACCGAAUCCGCCUUUUGGCGGAAUCCGACUAAUCAUGCUCGACCGGGCUUGCGGAUUAAGGCCGAAAGUCUCCUAAUGGGUGGCGGGGUUUGAACCCGUGACCUCAAGGUCACCACAGCUCCGCGCUGCCAACUGCGCUGCGACCCGUUGGUUCUGCGCUCUCUCUAUAAAUACAACACUCAUUCCCCUCCCUUUCUCAUCACCAACACUCUCUUCUUUCUUCUUCUUUUUCCUCUUCUUUUUCUCGGCUACACGAAAAUGGAGGCGAGGACGACUAGGCGCGCCUUCCUAUGGGCUGCUUUCGCUGCGCUGCUCUCGCAAAACUUGGUCGUCCACGUCGUUUCAAAAUCCGAACACUUCGAUGAUCAGAAGACCUACUACACCCCCGACCCCAAUGCACCUACUCCUACAGUUAGUCCGCCACCCAGCUCGCCACCGUCUCACGGAACACCUCCCAACAACUGCGGAAACAACCCCCCAAGCGGACAUGGACACGGACACGGACACGGCCACAGCCACGGCCACCAUCCUUCAACGCCUUCUGGAGGAGGACACAACCAUUACCCUCCGCCAACGGACCCCACCCCGACUCCCACAACGCCUACCACCCCCGAGCCCAGUGCACAACCUCCACCUACCAACUACUGUGGCAACCCCCCAAGCGGAACCGGACACAACCCUCCACCAUUUGAUCCCACCCCAACUCCCACAACGCCUUACCCGACUCCAACCCCGACCACGCCUUAUAACCCGCCUCACACCCCGGACCCCAAUGCACAACCUCCUUCUACAGUUACUCCCCCGCAAAGCUCGCCACCGUCCCAUGGAGGCUCACCGCCUGCUUACUGUGGCAACCCCCCAAGCGGAGGCGGCCACCACACUCCACCCCCUUCCGGAGGUGGAGGAUACUACCAUUCCCCUCCACCAACCGACCCCACCCCCACUCCUACAACGCCUUACACCCCGACCCCCUCCACUCCAACCCCCACCACGCCUUACACCCCGACUCCCACAACUCCAACCCCUACCACACCUUACACUCCGACCCCCUCCACUCCACCCCCUUCCGGAGGAGGAGGAUACUACCAUUCCCCUCCACCAACCGACCCCACCCCCACUCCUACAACGCCUUACACCCCGACUCCCACAACGCCCUCCACUCCAACCCCUACCACACCUUACACUCCGACACCAACCUAUGGGACGCCACCGAGCACUCCGACAGACCCGGGGACCCCUACCACACCCUACACUCCGACGCCAACAUAUGGGACACCACCGAGUACUCCGAUCGACCCAGGGACCCCUACCACACCCUACACUCCGACGCCAACAUAUGGGACGCCACCAAGCACUCCGAUCGACCCAGGGACCCCGACCACACCGGGCAUCAAUGUGCCAUCACCUCCAUUCUCGUUUGAUCCAAACUCCCCUCCUUUCACCUGCAACUACUGGAGGAAUCACCCCCAGCUAAUAUGGGGCUUAUUCGGCUGGCUCGGAACCGUGGGAAGUGCGUUCGGAGGCGGUACUGGUACUGGUACUGGUAUAGGUAUCGGCACCGGUAUCCCACCAAUCACGGGGGCAAACAUGAACUUACUCGAGGCUCUCUCCAACACUCGCACAGACGGCUUCGGAGCACUCUACAGGGAAGGCACGGCUGCUCUGCUCAACUCCAUGGCCAGCACGAGGUUCCCGUACACUACCAACCAGGUUAGAGAUAGUUUCGUUCAAGGACUGAGCUCGAACAAGGCCGCGGGAGCUCAGGCGAAGCUCUUCAAGAUGGCUAAUGAGGGUAGAGUGAGUCCCUGAGCUUGUAAAAGGAAACAAAAAACACCAUAGUGUUGUUUAUGGUAAUACUUGAUGUGUGUGUCUGUGUGUGUGCUACUUUCACUUGUUUGAGGUGUAAUAUUAUGUUUAUUAGUAGUACUUUAUUUUUACUAUAAUAUUAGAAAAUUAAUGUGGUGGAGCUGUUUCCUAAA